UCACACUUUAAAAAACAAGCACGGAUUUGGAAUACUCUCAGCGACUUGACCAUGACUUCCAUGGCUACCAAAUUUUCACCACUGUGCUUCACUGUCUUCUCAUCCCUGCUCCUGAUUCUUCUAGCCACAACAUCAUACAGUGCCCAAGCCAUCAAGGCCGCCCAUGGCUUCUCAUCAAUCAAAGAAGCCACCGUGCAUGAUAUCCAGCUAGCUUUCAAGCAAAACCAACUCAGCUCCAGGAAACUCGUUGAGCUUUACCUUAAACAAAUAAGCAGACUCAACCCAGUUCUUAAGGGUGUCCUAGAAGUGAACCCAGAUGCACUAUACCAAGCUGAUAAAGCUGACCAUGAGCGCAAGUUUAAAGCACAUGGGUCACUCUCUCCAUUGCAUGGCAUUCCCAUUUUGCUCAAAGAUAACAUUGCAACCAAGGAUAAGCUGAACACCACGGCCGGCUCAUAUGCACUGCUUGGCUCAGUUGUGCCACGCGAUGCUGGUGUUGUAACCAAGUUGAGAAAAGCCGGGGCCAUCAUAUUGGGGAAGGCCACUUUGAGCGAGUGGGCUCAUUAUAGGUUUAAUGCUGCACAUGAUGGCUGGAACGCAAGAAAAGGACGAGGGAAGAGUCCUUAUACAAUGGGAGAUCCUUGUGGGUCAAGUAGUGGGUCAGCAAUAUCAGUAGCAGCAAAUAUGGCAGCGGUGUCACUAGGGACCGAGACUGAUGGCUCUAUUUUAUGUCCGUCCAGUAAUAACUUGGUAGUGGGCAUCAAACCAACCGUUGGUCUGACUAGUCGAGCUGGUGUCAUACCAAUCUCACAAAGACAAGAUAGUGUGGGGCCCAUUUGUAGAACAGUAGCAGAUGCUGUUUAUGUUCUUGAUGCCAUUGUUGGCAUUGACCACUACGACAAUGCAACAGUUGAAACAUCACGAUACAUUCCAAAAGGUGGCUAUGCACAAUUUCUGAAGACCAAUGGGCUCCGCACGAAGAGAGUGGGGAUAGUGAGGAACCUCUGCAUUUUUGGGAAUGAUGCUGUUAUUGCUCAAAUUUUUGAGCAACAUCUUAAAACACUAAGGAAACAAGGCACCAUUUUGGUAGACAAUCUGGAAAUAACCAAUAUUGGCGAAAUAUGUAGCAAUGAAGACAUUGCAUUGGCGGCUGAGUUUAAAAUAUAUAUUAAUGCAUACCUAAAGGAGCUAGUGGUUUCCCCAGUCCGUUCCUUAGCUGAUUUGAUUGCCUUCAACAAGAAAAACUCAAAAUUGGAGAGGUUAGAUUAUGGACAAGACCUGUUUAUCAAAGCUGAAAAAACAAAUGGAAUUGGCAAUGCAGAGAAGGCGGCGCUGGUGAAUUUAGCAAAACUAACUAGAGAAGGUUUUGUGAAGUUGAUGACAAAAAAUAAGCUAGAUGCAUUAGUGACUACUGGCAGUAGUGUUUCAUCUAUCCUUGCAAUUGGGGGUUUCCCUGGAGUAAUUGUCCCUGCAGGAUAUGACUCUGAUGGGGUACCAUUUGGCUUAAGCUUUGGAGGACUAAAGGGAUCGGAACCAAAGCUGAUUGAGAUCGCCUAUGGAUUUGAGCAAGCAACAGAGAUCAGGAAGCCUCCUAAAUUUAAAUUUUAAAGGCUCUAUUGCAUCACCACAACCUCUAUUCUAAUUUAUAUGACUUGUAUUAAUAUCUAAUUAUCAUGAAGCAAGAUUUGCGUUUGAAGCUAGUAGCAAUAUAUAUUCUGCAAAACUAAAGAUAAAAAUAAAAGUAGCGUUAACUUCA